CAUUCGCUGUAGUUUGUCAUCGUUUUCUGUCACAAUUGCAGUGACAUUCAACGUCGUGUUUCUUUUCAAAGCGGUCAUUUUAUUUGUCCGACACUUAAAUAAUUACGGUGGAAACAUGCUCAGCUAGGAACUUUUAAUUCGCUCUAAACUACUCUUAUCUACAUACACAUUUUUGGAGCCACGAAAAUAAAUUGUAGCAUACUUAUUCAUUACUAUGCAUUUGAACAUUACGAUGUAUAUUUCGAUUUGAGAGUACUAUACUCCAUCUGAAAUACAAAUACCGAUACUACAAUUUCCAUGGCACUACUAACGUGUGCGCGCAUGUGUUUGUUGUUGGGGCUGCUGUACAUUGUAGGCAGCCGCAACACAGGCAACGGGUGGCGAGCUGUUGUUGCAGUGUUACAAAUGUCUCUGCUUUCAAAACCAUGAAGGCAUGAACAUAAGAUUACGCGUCUCCACAACAACACUAUAAAAUCAUUAUUUUACCGAAUCGAGAGAACUGUGAGAAUGUGAGGUGUAUCAAGUAUAGGCUAUUAUUGCUACCAACCAACGAAGACCGCGGACACGACGUUAUUGUACUGGCGGCUUGCAACGAGAUCCGUGCACCUCUAGAAAUCCAAUCGGCGCUAUUCUGCAGUGCACUAUUUACAGAUGCAUCUCGGACUUGAUGAGCCGGUGCGAGAAUGUCAGUAUAACCCGAUCUGCACGCGCAACUCAUCGUCUAUGGAGACCUCGGGGCACAAAAAGAAGAGGACUCCCCGCAGGAAGUGGCAGAUCUUCCCUGGCCGAAAUAGAUUCUACUGUAAUGGAAGGGUCAUGAUGGCGAGACAGACCGGGGUCUUCUACCUAACCCUGGUCCUCAUCAUGGUCACCAGCGGGCUUUUCUUCGCAUUCGACUGCCCGUUCCUGGCGUCCAACCUGACCCCGGCCAUCCCGGUGAUCGGAGGGGUGCUGUUUGUCUUUGUUCUGGGGAUGCUGUUCAGAGCCAGCUUCAGUGACCCGGGAGUCCUGCCCCGUGCCACACCCGACGAGGCUGCCGACCUGGAGAGACAGAUUGACGCCGCUAAUGGCCCCAGUGGUCCAGGGUACAGGCCGCCCCCGAGGAUCAGAGAGGUGGUCAUCAACGGGCAGACGGUCAAGCUUAAGUACUGUUUCACCUGCAAGAUCUUCAGGCCCCCACGGGCCUCGCACUGCAGCCUGUGUGACAACUGUGUCGAGCGUUUUGACCACCACUGUCCCUGGGUGGGGAACUGUGUUGGGAAGAGGAACUAUCGUUUCUUCUACCUCUUCAUCCUGUCCCUCUCCUUCCUCACCGUCUUCAUCUUCGCCUUCGUUAUUACACACGUCAUCCUGAGAUCCAACCGGACAGGCUUCCUCAGCGCACUCAAAGACAGCCCUGCCAGUGUGCUGGAGGUGCUGGUGUGUUUCUUCUCGGUGUGGUCCAUUAUGGGCCUGUCGGGCUUCCACACCUACCUCAUCAGCUCCAAUCAGACCACCAACGAAGACUCUUAUUGACAGAAGAGGCUUGAUCCAGUCAGACACACCCCAGCCUGUGUCACACUCCAACGGGAGCAGCAUGUACAACUCCACCCAGCUUCACACUCACAUGUGUGACCAAGAGCACUGCAUUCAGAGCACCAAAUUCGUUUUGCAGGCUGCCGCUACCCCCCUGCUCCACAGCGACCCUGUCAUGAUGGGCGGAGAGGGACCCACUCUCCCUGGGAAGAGUUCCCUGGGGGGCCCCUGUGCCUCACUGGCCCCCAGCCAGCCUUCCCUGCCCUCCUCCAUGCCAGGCCUGGGCUGUGCAGGGGACAUGCUGACCCUGAGGGACCCAGACACCCACUGCCACCACCAUCACUUUGUCAGCCCUGAGGAGACGCCCUCGCCCGGCCCCAUGCCUCUGACUCUGCCCUGCCCCGCCCACAUGACCCACGGGGGACACAUGAACCCGGCCCAACUCUACGACCCUGCCAGCCAGGACUCUCUGCACGAGGACUCUGUCAGGGGCCUGGUCAAACUCAGCUCUGUCUGAGACUCCCCUGGCUCUUUGAAAUCACUACCCAGACUCUGUCAGCGUGCCAAAUGACACCCUAUUCAAUAUGUAGCACUACUUUUAAAAAGUAGUGCACUAUAUAGGGAAUAGCGUGCCAUUUAGGACGCUGCCCCAGCCCCCCGCUCCACACUGCCGGCUCAGUACCAAAGCCAUAAUUCCUGUUCCCCUAACAUUCCACCCCAGCCCUCCCUCCCUCCCAUCCAUAUUUGUGCCCCCCACCUGUUGAGAUAAGCUAUUCUAGUGCCAAACAGACAGAGCCUCAGUCUCCACUGCACUUGACCAGGACAAAAAUCAGGCUUCUGAGUCCCCCUUCCUCUUCACAGUAGUAUACCUAGUGCCCUACCAGUCAACCAGGCCUGGAUACAGGUCCAGGCUUCUGAAUCCCCCUUCCUCUUCACAGUAGUAUACCUAGUGCCCUACCAGGAGUCAACCAGGCCUGGAUACAGGUCCAGGCUUCUGCCAAAGGCUCACGACUUGUGCUCUUUUGGGGGAAACCAUCUACCUGGACCAGGCGGUCAUUGUCCGGAAAUGAAACUGACUCGGUCUCCUCUCGUCAGCCAAGCCGCCGUACCAAGGCAGUUGCCAUUUUGGUUUGCUGACAUUCAAGGACACGCGCAGCGGGACAAGGUUUGUUGAUUAGCUGGAAAGACAUGAAUCAGGACUAAAUAUAGGAUUUGUUUAUAGUUUGAUAUCUGUGUCAUGUGUCCCGAGUCAAGUGACACUCUUUUAUACAAUAGUAAUGGAAACAGCCAAUCAGUGUUGGCCCUGAACACAGAAGAUGUCACUUCCUGUUUCAGAUUGUGUCRACACUGUAUGUGUUGAUUGGUAGUGUUCAUCAGUCCGUUCCGGUGUCGGUGUGACGCUAGCCGCAUUACAUUUUUGUUUCGUUCAAAUGUGAUGCCAAAACAUCAUGGCUGCAUCCCAAAUACCACCCUCUCUAUUUAGUGCACUACUUUUUACCAGGGACAAAAGGACUUUGGCAAAAGUAAUGCACUAUAUAGGGAAUAGGGUGCCAUUUGGGACUGAGAUAAUAAGUAAUGUGAUGAUUGUACCAAGAAAUUCUCAUUUACUUAUUUUUAAUGAAUAAAUUCGCAUAUUUUUA